AUGAUUCCAAACCAAUUUUAUUGCUUUUCUGGUAUUGUUAUUACCUUGUAUAUUGUCGUUCUACAUACACUUGCUUCUCCUACCGUCCAUCUUUGCCGCCAUGACCAACGAGAUGCUCUUCUCGAGUUCAAACACGAGUUUCCGGGAGCAGAUAUGAAGUCAUCCUUGAGUAGUGACUACGAUAUGAGUUCAUGGAACAAGAGUAGUGAUUGCUGUUCUUGGGGGGCUGUCACGUGCGUUGCUAAAUAUGGCCAGGUGAUUUCACUUGAACUUGUUAACCUCUCUCUCAACAACUUUUUGAAACCAAAUAGUGGUCUUUUUAAACUCCAAUAUCUUCAAAGGCUAACCCUUUCAAAUUGUGAUCUCUACGGAGAGAUUCCUUCAUCAUUUGGGAACCUUUCUCAUCUCAUAGAGCUUGACCUUGGGCAUAAUAAAUUAGUUGGUCAAGUUCCAGCUUCAAUUGGAAAUUUGACCAAACUAAGACACCUCAGACUUCACGGAAACAAGUUAAGUGGCAAAUUUUCUGUUUUAUUUGCCAAUUUUACGCAAUUAUUCACACUCGGUCUCAGUUAUAACUACUUUGAACCCGAGCCUCUACCCAACAUGAGUCGAUUCCACCGCUUAAAGAUUUUUGAUGUGAAGGGAAACUCAUUUUUCGGGUCUUUUCCUACAUCUUUGUUCACCAUUCCUUCGUUAGAGUGGGUUUAUCUCGGGGGAAAUAACUUUACAGGACCUAUAGAUUUUGGGAACGCAUCUUUAUCUUCUACGCUUCAGUACCUAAGCCUUGCUGAUAACAGAUUCAAUGGCCCAAUCCCUGAAUCUAUAUUUAGAUUACUCAAUCUCAGAUUCUUAAAUCUGCAUAAUAACUCAUUUCAUGGUCCUUUCCCUGCAUACUUAUUCACGAUGCCUUCGUUACAAUGGGUUUAUUUGGCGAGAAACCAAUUCGAUGGAACUAUUGAUUUUGGGAAUAUAUUGCCAUCGUCCAACCUUAGUUUUCUAGACCUUGGUGAUAACAAAUUCGAUGGCCAAAUCCCUGAAUCGAUAUCCAAAUUUCUCAAACUCGAAAUGUUAGAUCUUUCCAACAAUAAGUUGGAAGGAAAAGUUCCAGGUUGCUUACGGAGACUGAAAUCGCUGAGACUUUCUCACAACUCGUUUAGUAGUUUUGGAAAAUCAUCACAAGUUAUGAUGGAUCAAGCACAAAUGCUUGAGUUGCGUCUUGAUUCGAAUUCACUCCAAGGACCAUUUCCCCACUGGAUCUGCAGGCUUAGAUCGCUAAAGCUCUUAGAUUUGUCCAACAAUAGCUUCAACGGCUCAGUUCCUCCAUGUGUAAGGAGUCUCACUGAAACACUUCAAGUGCUUAACCUGCGAAACAACAAUUUCAGUGGGCUUCUUCCAGAUGUAUUUGUCAAUGCUUCUCGUUUAACCGAACUUGUUGUUAGCCGCAACCAGUUGGAAGGAAAACUCCCACAAUCCUUGAUCAAUUGCACAUCCAUGGAACUAUUGAAUGUUGAAGGAAAUAAAUUCAAGGACAAGUUUCCAUCUUGGUUGGGUUCUCUUCCAAUUUUAAGUGUCCUCAUCCUCAGAUCAAAUCAAUUCUAUGGGCCAUUAGUCUCCACUGGGUUUAAAACAUUAAAAAUCAUUGAUGUCUCACAUAAUGACUUCAGUGGAACCUUGCCCACAUUAUAUUUUUCCAAUUGGCUUGAAAUGAGUGAAAUAACUAAACUAAGCUCAUAUUUUGACCCCUACAUGGGAUAUUACGUGGGAUUUUUCAUGAGGGGUUCUGGUUUUUACAGUAGUUCAAUGGAACUAGUGCACAAAGGUGUAGAUACAGAGUUUGAGAAGAUUCGUGAAGACUAUACAUCCAUUGAUUUUUCAAGCAACAAUUUUUAUGGAAAGAUCCCUGAAUCCAUUGGCUUGCUGAAAGGAUUACGUUAUCUCAACUUGUCGAAUAAUGCUUUCACAAGCAAUAUACCUCAAUCAUUGGCAAAUUUGACAAUUCUCGAGUCAUUAGAUGUAUCCAAGAAUCAGCUGUCAGGUCCGAUCCCCCCAGAUCUUGAUGAGCUCUUCUCUUUGUCAACUAUGAACUUCGCCCACAACAAUCUUGAAGGUCCAAUACCACAAGGCACACAGUUUCAGCGCCAAAAUUGUUCUUCAUUCAUGGACAAUCCCAGACUCUCCAAUCUCGAGGACAUCUGUGGAAAACCUCAUGUCUCGAACCUUACACCACAAGAACCAGAGGAAAUAUUAGAACCCGAGGAGCCAGUGAUUAAUUGGAUAGCAGCGGCAAUAGCGUAUGGACCUGGUGUAUUGUGCGGAUUGGUGAUCGGACAUAUCUUCGUUUCACACAAGCACGAGUGGUUCAUGGAAAAGUUUGGUAGAAACAAGUCCAGAGCACUCAUUAUAAGUGUUCGUUGAACACUUUCUCUUGUCAUCUCUCUAAGCAUUUGUCAAGCUUAUGUAUGUGUCUGUAUCACGAUGUGUUCUCCGAAAACUUCUUUAUCUGUUGUAAUGUCUUAAUUUAUGGUAUUGUAAUAAACUUCUUUCGUGGCUGUUGGUAUCUGAUAUAUAUUACCAUAUUGGCUUGGAAAUGCAUUCAAAUUUCAACCCUGAAAUAAUUGUAUGAGAUUAACUAAUCUGUAAAAUAAUAAAAGACUCUACCUA